UAAAUUCUGACCCGGACUGCCUGCGUUCAGUGUCUUGGUAUCUCUCACUGGAGCUCGAAGGGCAAUACCUUACUCCGCGCCUCCACAACCCCGCACGAUGUAUCCCAUCAGAGCUACUACAUGAAACUCAAAAGUGUCAGUACCCCGGAUUAGAAUCUUUCCGCCAUCGUUCCAGAUUCUCACUUGUACUCCAAGUUUUUCGGUCAUUCCUGAUCAUAACUUAAGAGGUGAUCUUGUGAGUCCAGCCACCAUAAUCUGGGCGCCAAGCUCCUGCUCCAUAUAUACUUCGAUAUCCUUCAAACAUUUUUCAGUCUUCAUCUCAAGCAUCUCUGAGCUUCAAUUAUCUACCCAAAUACAUUCUUUGAAAUCAGAAAUCAUGGGGAUCUUUUCAGCAAACGAUAGCUCUGCCUUCAAGGCACCGGCAGCGGUCUACAACUGGAGAGUGUAUGCGCUCGCAUUAUCUGCAUCAAUGGGAUCCAGUAUGUUUGGUUAUGAUUCGGCCUUCAUCGGUGGAGCCAUGGCCCUUCCUUCAUUUAAAGCAAGAUUUGGUUUGGCAGAAGCAUCAGGAGAUACCCUUGCAUCCCUUCGUGCCAACAUCGUCAGUACAUUUCAAGCUGGGUGCUUCUUUGGAGCCAUUUUGUGUUACUGGAUGUCUGGGAGACUCGGUCGACGCAUUCCUCUGAUGAUUUGCGGUUGCGUGUUCAAUAUUGGUGUUAUAUUGCAAAUGGCCUCAAGCGGACACAUUGGCAUGAUCUAUGCCGGUCGCGCUUUCACUGGCCUUGGUGUUGGAGCUUCUUCCUUGAUCAUCCCACAAUAUAUUUCUGAGUGUUCCCCUCCAGCGAUCCGCGGACGUUUGAUCGGAGUUUUCGAAAUCGUGUUACAAUUCUCCCUGGUCGUAGGAUUUUGGGUCAACUACGGAGUCAACCAGAAUGUUUCACCCACAUCAGAUUCGCAGUGGCAUAUCCCCUUCGCCAUCCAAUUCGUACCAGGCACGCUCCUUGUCAUUGCCAUGUUCUUCCAACCAGAGUCUCCUCGAUGGCUGUUAAAGAAUGGACGUGACGAGCAGGCUAUCAAGAACUUGACUUAUAUUCGCCAGCUUCCUGAGGACGAUGCCUACCUCCAAUGGGAAAUUGACACCGUCAAGGAGCAAGUACAAUUGGAAUUUGAUGCUGGCGUCAACGAAUCGUUUCUCAAGAAGCUACGAGCUGUCUUCUCCCCAGGAGUUCGCAACCGUGUUGCUAUCGGCAUGUCCCUGAUGAUGCUGCAAAACCUUUCCGGAAUCAAUGCCUUGAACUAUUACUCGCCUAUUAUCUUUGGAUCGAUUGGCUUCAAGGGUACAAGUGUAGGACUUUUGGCAACUGGAGUUUUCGGUUUGGUCAAGGCUUUCGCAACCCUUGGAUUCAUGAUCUUCGGCAUUGACAAACUUGGUCGCCGGAAGUCCCUCCUUAUUGGUUCUGUUGGUGCGAUGUUUGCCAUGUUCUACCUUGCUGGAUUCAGCAAGAUCUCUGGCUCUUUCGACGGAAACGCAAAGCAAGAUGCUGGCGCGUACGUUGCAAUCGUUAUGAUUUACCUCUUCGCCAUCUUCUACGCCAUGUCAUGGAACGGAAUCCCAUGGAUUUUCUGCGCUGAGGUUUUCCCAACCGGCACUCGCAGUGUCUGCCUCGUGUUCACCACUUGCACGCAAUGGCUCGGACAGUUUAUCAUUGUGUACUCGACACCAUAUAUGAUGAACAACAUCAAGUACGGAACAUUCAUUUUCUUCGGCGCUCCGCUUGUGGUGGGAAUGACCUUUGUCAUCCUCUUCAUGCCCGAAACCAGAGGUCUUUCUCUCGAGAACAUGGAUAUCAUGUUCAACAUGUCUGGAUUGGCUCAUGGAAAGAGAGCUAAGACCGAUGCCAUUAUCAAUGAGAGACGGAUUGCGGAUGACAUGGAUCGAUCGGGCGUCAAGAAUGAUAGAGAAGUGGUUGAGCAAGUUGAGAAGAUUGUUUGACCGACCAUGCAUGGUCGGGCAGUAGAGCCCUGAGUCUCAGUAAAAUGCUAGAUAUUUGCCACAAUAAUAUGUUACAGUAGCAGCGUGUAAUCUAUAGAGCGAAUACCAAAUCGGCAUCAAAAAUCAU